CUGUAUUUAAAAAAAACAAAAUACUGAAUUUCUGUUAAAAAUACAGCAUGAAAACACACACACACACACACACACACACACACAGUGAAAUGUUCAGAUGAGACACAUGAUUGGUAUCAGUUUAAAUAGACAGCAGGAAGGACUUGACUGGUAUUGUAAUGAGUUGGUACUGAGCUCUUUGUUAACAUUGGCCCCAUGGAUGUUAUUUCAAUAUGAUUUAUUUGCAGGACCUGGAGAGAUGAAGGCUGAUUCUGGAACUUGGCACAUUCAGAAUCUUUACCUGUGGGACCCUGUAUGGGGCACUUGUAUUCAUCACUUCAGAAACCCCUGUCCAAGUACAGAACAAAGCCCAGGACCGAAGCUGCCAGUUCCCAAGCGAGUGAUACUGCUGAUAAAGUGUGGCUUUGACAGGGAAGAAGGUGAAGAAACUAGGAAACCACGAAGAGCAGUGAUGUAUGCAGGGCUGAAGCACACUGAGGAUUCUUCCCAUCCAGGGACCAAAGCGUCUGAUACGAUGGAUGGACUGGUUUCCUGGGUUGCCAAAGCCCCACGAACUACCAUCUCUCAUCUGUGUGACUCCAUCUGCCUCUCAGGUUCUCUUGCAUCUUCUCUCACCACCCAGAAGCCAUUUUCUGCACAGAAGCCAGAGUCAUCUCUUUAAAGAAAAUGUGAGUUGAUUCCUCCUCUCCUUCAACCUCUCUCAUGAUGCCUCAUUGCACUUAAAUUAAAAACCCAUUCUAGUUAACCGUUGCAGACAUUCUGGCCUCCUUGUUCCUACUCCAGUAUGCUGACUUCCCCCCCACCUCAGGGCCUCACACUUGCUAUUUCUUCUAUUUGGGUUGUCCUUACAUGACUCCUUUCACUAUUCAGGCCUAUUUUGUCACAUGUGGAACUCCUCAGAGGUGGUUUUUCCAAUUACCUUAUCUAAAAUAGCUCCUUUCUCUCCAUUCCCACCCAGCUACUCUCCAUUUAAUCAAGUUUUUCAAUAACAAGCUGAAAUUCAUAUUGUUUAGUUGCUUGUUCAUUUAUUGGUGGUCUCUCACAAAGAACUUUAGCCCAAUGAAGCUAAGGAGCUCAUC